UGCCACCUGUCAGUGUCCAUCAGUGCCAGCUUUCAGUGCUGCCAGUCAGUGCCACCUAUUAAUGCCAGUCAGUGCCACCUAUCAGUGCUGCCAGUCAGUGCCACAUAUCAGUGCUGCCAAUCAGUGCCACAUAUCAGUGCCAGUCAGUGCCACCUAUCAGUGCCCGUCAGUGCUGCCUAUCAGUGCCGCCUAACAGUGCCAGUCAGUGCCACCUAACAGUGCCAGUCAGUGCCGCCUAUCAGUGCCACCUAUCAGUGCCAUAUAUGAGUGCUGCCUUUCAGUGCCCAUCAGUGUUGCCU